UUUGGGCUAUGUGUGAGAGGAGAGAUCUGUAGCUGGCAGUGCUGAGAGGGUUUCAGUUGAUGUUGUUGCUUCUGGGCCGCACGGUUCCGUUGUCAUUCGCCCAGAGUCACUACUUGCUGCCAGUCCUCACUGUCGAGGCCCGUUGUAGCCAGAUCCGUGUUAAUAAAACUCAGAGCGAUAGCCAGCAUUACACACAGCACCGUCUUCGUGAGCGCAAGCAACCAAAAUAUAGGAACCAUGCCCGAAAGGAGGCCCUUCGUACGGCUACCUACUGACGUUUACCCCGUCAACUAUGGCUUGUCUUUGAAGCCUGACCUGAUCGACUUCACUUUUGAAGGGAAGCUGGAGGCUUUGGUGGAGGUUACACAAGCUACAAAUCAGAUUGUGAUGAACUGUGCUGACAUCGACAUCAUCACAGCUUCCUUUGUACCACAGGGAGGAGAAGAAAUUAAUGCGACGGGAUUUAACUACCAAAAUGAGGAUGAGAAAGUCACCCUUUCAUUUCCCAGUGCUCUACAGAAAGGCUUCGGCACGUUGAAGAUCGACUUUGUCGGGGAACUGAACGACAAAAUGAAAGGAUUCUAUAGAAGUAAAUAUACAUCUCCUACUGGAGAGAUUCGCUAUGCUGCUGUCACACAGUUUGAGGCCACGGAUGCUCGCAGAGCUUUCCCCUGUUGGGAUGAGCCAGCUAUCAAAGCCACCUUUGACAUCACUUUGAUAGUUCCCAAGGACCGAGUAGCCUUGUCAAAUAUGAAUGUCAUUGAUCGAAAGCCACACCCAGAUGAUGAAAACCUCGUCGAAGUCAAGUUUGCCACCACACCCAUCAUGUCCACAUACCUUGUAGCUUUUGUCAUUGGUGAAUAUGACUAUGUGGAAAGCCAGUCAUCAGAUGGUGUAAUGGUACGCGUCUAUACACCGGUUGGAAAGGCUGAACAAGGGAAAUUUGCCCUGGAGGUUGCAACUAAGACCUUACCUUUCUACAAUGACUACUUCAGUGUUCCUUAUCCGCUGCCUAAAAUUGAUCUCAUAGCUAUUGCUGAUUUCGCUGCUGGUGCCAUGGAGAACUGGGGCCUUGUUACCUACAGGGAGACAGCAUUGCUAAUUGACCCGAAGAAUUCCUGCUCAUCCUCCAGGCAGUGGGUGGCACUGGUGGUUGGACAUGAACUCGCCCACCAGUGGUUUGGAAAUUUGGUCACCAUGGAAUGGUGGACCCAUCUGUGGCUCAAUGAGGGGUUUGCAUCCUGGAUUGAGUAUCUGUGUGUGGACCACUGCUUCCCAGAAUAUGACAUCUGGACUCAGUUUGUCUCGGCCGACUACACCCGCGCUCUGGAUCUGGACGCACUGGACAGCAGCCAUCCCAUAGAGGUGAAUGUGGGCCAUCCAUCAGAGGUCGACGAAAUCUUUGAUGCCAUCUCCUACAGCAAAGGAGCGUCAGUGAUCCGCAUGUUGCACAACUACAUUGGAGAUGAGGACUUUAGGAAAGGAAUGAACGCCUAUCUUUUGAAGUUCCAACAUAAAAAUGCAUCAACAGAGGACCUAUGGGACUGUUUGGAACAGGCCAGUGGGAAACCCAUUGCUGCAGUGAUGGGCUCAUGGACCAAGCAAAUGGGCUUCCCCAUAAUAGCCGUUGACCAGGAACAGCAAGGUGAUGACCGCAUCCUCAAGAUAUCGCAGAAGAAGUUCUGUGCCAGUGGACCACAUAAUGAAGAAAACUGCCCCAGCUGGAUGGUCCCCAUUAGUAUUUGUACCAGUGAGGACCCCAAAUGCACCAAGCUCAAGGUUCUGCUGGACAGACAGGAGACCACCAUCACUCUGAAUAGCGUUGGCCCAGACCAGUGGAUCAAGAUCAACCCCGGCACUGUGGGCUUCUAUCGCAUCCAGUACAGCUCGUCCAUGCUGGAGAGUUUGCUCCCAGGAAUCAGAGACCUCAGCCUGCAGCCUGUGGACCGACUGGGACUGCAGAAUGACCUCUUCUCCCUUUCUCGUGCAGGGAUGAUCAGCACAGUGGAGGUACUGAAGCUGAUGGAAGCCUUUCUCAAUGAGCCCAACUACACAGUGUGGAGUGACCUGAGCUGCAACCUGGGAGUGUUGUCUUCUCUGCUGUCCCACACCGACUUUCACGAGGAAAUCCAGGAGUUCAUCCGGGACCUCUUUACUCCCAUUGGCCUCAAGCUCGGCUGGGACAGUAAACCGGGGGAAGGUCACCUGGAUGCUCUGUUGAGAAGCCUGGUUCUGGGGAAACUGGGUAAGGCAGGACACAAACCCACACUGGAAGAGGCCCGGCGGAGAUUCAAGGAUCACGUGGAUGGCAAGCAGGUUUUACCUGCAGACCUGAGAAGUCCGGUGUAUCUAACAGUAUUGAAGCAUGGAGAUAGUGCUACACUGGACACAAUGCUGAAGCUCCACAAGCAAGCAGACAUGCAAGAGGAGAAGAAUCGAAUCGAGCGAGUUCUCGGAGCCAUCUCUGCCCCCGAUCUCAUCCAGAAAGUGCUCAACUUUGCCCUCUCGGAAGACGUUCGUCCCCAGGACACGGUUUCAGUAAUCGGGGGAGUGGCAGGAAGCAGUAAACAAGGCAGGAAAGCUGCCUGGAAGUUUGUCAAGGAUAACUGGGAGGAACUUUAUAACCGCUACCAGGGAGGAUUUCUCAUAUCAAGGCUUAUCAAGCUCACAGUCGAUGGAUUUGCUAUUGAUAAAAUGGCUGUGGAAGUCAAGAGUUUCUUUGAGAGUCACCCGGCGCCAGCGGCCGAGCGUACCGUGCAGCAGUGCUGUGAGAACAUCCUCCUCAAUGCCGCCUGGCUUAAGCGUGACGCAGAAGACAUCCACCAGUAUCUACUCCAGCGCAAAGCACCCCCCGUCUGAACUACCAACCCUGUCACCCCCACUCCCUACCCCCGUCCCUCCCCAACCCCCAACUCCAACUACAGACCAGAGCAGGAGACCAGAGGGUACUUUGCAGCAGGCUUCAUUUCUCUAAAGAAACUGCAAGAAACAAGAAGACAAAGCCAAGAAUUUAACAGUGUGUUGGAAACACAGACUCUUUUUACGUUAACAAGCAAAAUUCAGUUUAGACAGACCAGGAAUGUAGUUUUAUCCCCAUUCUGUCCAUCAGCAGAUGACCCAUCUGUUAGUCAGCACGCAAUUUUUAAGUCUCACAAGCACCUCGACCCUCAAAAUGAUCGCUAACCCUGCUAACGGUCACAUGACCAGCCCGUAAACACCCCUUUAUCCACUUUUGCUCGUAGCUGAGAAAACUGUGAACCCUGUCCUCCUUUUUCCUGCUGUCUGCCAUUCUGAAUGCAUGAAGUGUCUGAGGUUUGUUUUUGUUUUUUUGUUUUUUUUCUUCUUCUUCUUCUUCUUCCCUGCAUUUGCUGCUUUAAUUAUACCACUUAGUCCUCCUUGCUGUGAUACUUUCCCAUAUCCUUGUUUCUCUCACACGUUCCUCCUGGUCUUCCUUUUGGGCGCUGUGAUUGGGUAAACUAAAAAAAAAACAAACAAAAAACCAACCUGGGCAGAAUGGGGUUAAUAACCAUAGUGUGUGUUGUAGUUUCCAACAGCACUGAUUCUCCAUUGCUAAUAAAUGGUUAGGACGAGGCGAGCAACGCUAGCAUGGUACUACAUUAUAAAUUGUAUAAUGCAAGCAUUAUUUUAUUUUUAAAUUGUUUUGUUUUUGUUGCCAGUAUUCCUAGCAAAGAAUUAAAUGGAAAGGUUCAUGGAAUACCUGUUUCCACUCCAGCCACACCCCCUAGGAAGAAAAAAAACAAACAAACCUCAAGCUCUGUGUGGAGCAGAGAUUGUGUAGUUAAAAUCAUCCACAGAUUCUUUAUCCUUCUCCCACAAUGAAAUGACAGUCCAGGCGUGUUUUUAUAAAAGUGAUGCAGUUAUAUAUUUAAAUGUUGCGAUAAUCGUGUUGUCCGAGGACAAGGAAAGAAAAAGAUCACAACACUACUUACCGGGGCCUUUUCUUUCUGAAGUAAAAUCCUGAAACGCCUCUCCGUAGGGUUGAGAAUCCAGCAAGACCCAGUUCGGACUUUGCGGGCAUGACACAUUGACGUUGACCCUGCCGUCAACCUCGGAAGCCUUAAACCGGUCGACCGGUUUUGCAGUAAAUAUUCAGCACUGAAGCGGUGAUCAUAGAGGACUUCCUCAUAAACAUCAAAUGGAUCUAAUGUGACAGAUUACACAGACUUGUUGAACGAGCAUAUCUAUUAUAGAAUUUACAAUUUGAUGUGUUUUUCUGGAAACAUACCAACGAGUCAUCUAACCUGUUGUCGCGACCCCGCCCCCUCCCUUGGAACAUUUGUUGGGUUUUUUUGUUUUCUUUCUUUCUUUUUUUUUGUUUUUGUUAAAAAAAAUACAGUUGGUGUUCAUUAAAGUGGAAAAGGAUUAUAAAAACUAAUGAUGUGAAAUCAGUACAUGUUGAGUUUUAUGAGUGAGGGGUGAGUGCACGUCCAUAAGAAUAUAAUUUUUAACUCGUGCAGCUCAUGUUCCUGUUAACCCUAGCCAGUUUUUUUCCCUUUUCUUUCCUAGUUUGAAUUUAUAGUAUUAUAUCAAAUCAAACGCACUGAAUAAUUAAUUUCCUUUUUUGAAAAGGGGACCGUUAAAAAGGGGACUCACUGAAUGUGUGUGCCUGCUCACAAUGUGGCUGAGCAUCUUUCUUGAGCACAACUUAAACUUGUGUCGCUGAAGUCAUUUGUCACAGGAAAUUAAAGAGAAAACCUAUAUACAAAAAUGAAACAUGUCCAGCUUUGGACAAUCCAUUUAGCUGUCAGUUCACUGUUAGCUCUAGCUGAAAUAUGAGAAUUGCUUUUCCAAAUUUUCCACAACACUUACUCAGGUGCUCAGCAAUAGAUCUGCAAAAUUUGAAGCCGUAAGCCGUAAGAUACUCGUCAACUUGCAAGUAAGCUUGUUUCUUAGCUGCAAAUUACAACCAGACGAAGAAUGCGCACCAACUGCUUAACUCCCUGAAACUAGAUUUAUUAAAGGUUAAUUCUGAUAGAAAGUUAAAACCCCAUUUUAGUAAAAAAUACUUGUUCACUGAACAUGCAGAUGUUUAAAUUACUCUGAUUGUAGUUGAACAUGAGGAGCAAAUGUAAAUAUACAGUUUAUUAAAGUAACUGGUGUCUGUCCCUUAAGGACAUAGUUCAGGGGCUUUUACAAAAAAAGGCUUUCUGGGAAGCUUAUUGUUGUAACAUUCAUCAGCAGAGCCUGGUUGUCAUCCAGGCACUAGAAACCUAAAUGAUAAAAGGACGUAUGCUGGGAAAGCCGAGAGAUACAGAAGUAGAGCAAUAUGGGAUAGAGAUUAGCAGAGUAGAGCCUAUACAUAGCUGUUCUACAUUUUUAUGGCAUUUUAAACUAAAUUAUUAAUAUUGUCUGCAUAUUUUAAGCCCUUUGGCAUCGAGGUUGAAAAAAUGUACACUAUUCAAAAGCACCAAACCUACCGAGUCUAUCAGUGCAAAGCAUUUUAAGUGUCUUCCACUUACCUCAUCAUAGGGUGAAAGGCAGGGUACACCCCAGACAGGCUGCAACUGCAUCGCAGGGCUGACACAGAUAUUUAACCGCUGGUGCUGAUUACUGCACCACUGUACCACCCUUUUUAUUGCAAAUCUAUUCUUUCAGUUUUUUUCAGUUCUAAUUUAGAUUCUAUACUCUCUGUUUUCCGUACUUAUGGCUGUGGGUCAUUAUCCCAUAAAGCAUAAAAGAAAUACACCCUAUGUGUUUAAUAUGUUUAAGGAAAAAGAAUAUAUUGCAUAUGUAUGGCCUUAAAGUGACCUAAAGCACUACCUGAAAUAAAAGUGAGUCAUUUAA